AUGCCAGUGCCCGCGGUCAUCGAGCAGUUACGGAAUACGGAUUCUAGGCCCGACAUGGCCUCCCGCCCGCCCUCCUCCCCUUUGCUCUCCGCCCGCGGAGCCGAUUGGGCCCCGCCGCUGCCCCCGGCCACCUGUCGCUGCCCGUCCCGGCCGCUCCCCGAGCUCCGACUGCCAGGUCCCGGCAGCCGUGCGCCACCCCCCCAGCUCCGAUCCCCAGCUCCGAUCCCCAGCUCCGAUCUGGGCCCCGCCGUCUCCAUGACCACCAGGGCGCUGCAGGAGCUGGAUGGAGGCCUGGGCAGCAGCCAGGCAGGCGAGGACCUGUCCACACCGGCGGCCCCCUGCCCUGCCCAGCCCCAGGACGACAGGGCUCGAGCGAUGCCCAGGCUGGUGGACUCCAGCAGCUGGCCCCACGAUUCUCAAGAGCUGGCAGCUGAGGGCAGCCCCGCAGGUGGUGCGGAUGGGCGGCCCAAGAAGACAGAAAAGGAGCCUGUGGCCAAAGUGGCCCCAGGACCCGGGAAAGAGAGGCUGAAGGCAGGAGCAACCCCCCGGAGCCCCGCGCGCAGGAAGGCGCAGGCCUCGCCGCCCCCCCAGCGGCCACCGCCACCCCCGGCCCCCAGCGACGAGCUGCCCUGGGGAGACCUGUCGCUCAACAAGUGCCUGGUGCUCGCCUCCUUGGUGGCGCUGCUGGGCUCUGCCUUCCAGCUGUGCCGGGAUGCUGUGGCCGGGGACGCAGCCGCGCCCGCACCUGUCCCUGAGCCUUGGGUACCGCGCAGCUCGGCCCCGGAGCGUGCAUCGCCCCCGCCCAAGCCCGAGGCCUGGGCGCCCCCGGCGGGACCGGCCGCGCCCCCGGCGGAGGCAGAGGACAAGGCCGAAGCCGCGGGGAGCCCGGAGGCUGCAGAGAAGGCUGCUGGGGACGAGCGCGCGCCCACGGAGCCGGCGCGGAGGGAGAGGCCGCGGAGGGAGAGGCCGCGGAGGGAGAGGCCCCGGGCCGCCGGGGAGCCGCGAGGAGGCCCGCCCCGGCGCUGGGAGGCUCGCGAACAGGGCCGGCGGCCGUGGGCGCGGGACCCCCGCGGCCCAGGACCCACGAAGAGGCCGGCCUGGGACUCCCCGCGGCGCGCGGACGAGGACCGGCCUCGGGGCCGCAGGAAGCACCGGGCGCGCAAGGGCCGGGACUGA